GAAUGCAGCUUUAACACAUGAAGCUUUGACUUCACUUAAAGAACCAGAGGUUGACGUCUGGUUACACACAGUGUGUGUCUGAUGCACAUUGUCGUUGGCUAGAAUGGGGUCGUCUCGUCACCUUUUGGGAAAAACUAGCAAAGCCGUAACCGUAAAAGUUGAUUCCCUACCUCGUCUUUGCCGUAAACCCCAAGAUUAAACCUACAGGAGACCUCACGCGAUGAUCAUUGAACUACUGCAUGUCUGCAACCGCGACCAGACUUCCUUCAGAUUUACAAAUGACUUAUACCUAAAACUCUCAAGUUGACCGUCAUAAUGUUUUACUGGAAAACAUGUACAAUUAAAUAGUGCAAAAAUAUAUACAUAUAACAUAAACAGCAUAUUGGACUCUAGAGUCAGUGUAUGGUUUGUCCGCUCUGGGCUACUGUAGAAACAUGGCGGACUCUGUGAAGAGGACUCUCUAUGUAGAUGUGACUCAUUCUGAGCUCAGGAAAACACAUGCCUGCAUAUAGAUCCCCCUGAAUGCUUCACACUGGCCCUUAAAACACAGUUUCUCUCAAAUAUCCCAGGUCGCCUCCGCUGCAGCUCACUGGUCUCUCAUAUUGUGUCUCCUCUCCAGUUUCACCUGGCUGUCGGCUCAGGUGCACAGCAACAUGAUGAUGCAUUUCUCAGGUCGCAUCACCGACAGCUUCGACAGGGAGUUCCGCUGUCUGUACGCCGACUCUCAGAUCAUAGACUGCUUCUUUAACCCCGAGGACGAGGGGAUGCCCUACUACCAGCCCUUCCAAGCCAUGAUGACCCCCGGCGGCAUGGGGCUCGGGGGGCUCGGCCCGGUCAUGGGGCUGGAUUUACUCUCUGACAGGUACCAAGCUGGAGGCACCGCCUUAUCAAAUAUCAGGCAGAGGGACCGGGUGUCCUCCGAAAACUCCAGCAGCCAAUCAAGUAACAGCAUGUCCAGUGUGAAGGCUGCACCCGGGAUGAACUCCAACACCGUCUACAAAGUCACUCAAAGUCACGACAAGAAGGAGUCCAACAGCAACCCCCACCUGAGCUCCGAGAGGAGAGGGUCAGGACAGACGCUGACGCCUCAGAGUCACGUCACAGUGGGACCACGAGUCUCCGCUAACGGAGGAACCAAUCACAGCCCAGCUAUGGACCGACCGCCGCCGCCCUACGGUCAGCCGAUGGGCAGCGAGUGGAACAAGUCGAAGCCGACGGACGCCAUGUGGUCCAAUAUAGGCGGCACCUCUUCCAAGUUCCAGGGGUCGGGGUUGUACGACCACAAACCGAGCCUGUUCCACAGCGCCGGGCCCAUCGCCGGUACCCCCAACUCAAUCCUCAACCCCAAGACCCAGACGCCCUCCCCGGUCAACGACGGCAAACUCACCCAUAAGCAGAGGCCUCCCUCCAACCAGCUCCUCAACAAACUCUCGGACCUCUUCCUGCCCCCCUCCAAAGACAACUACAACUUCCGGAGGUCACCGUCCCCUCAAGGCACCGCGCCCUGGGGGGGGCCGGACCUCUCCAAAUCGGAGCCGGAGAGCCAGCAGAGCCCGCCGCCGCCGCCACCGCCGCUCUCCCCGACCGUGCUGAUGAACCGGCAGGACCAGAAACGAAUGACGCUGGGCCACAGCAAGCUGGACCUGGUGAACCAAUACAACCAGGCGAAGUCCAAGCAGGUGUACAGCCGCUUUGAGCUGAAGACCUCGAAUUAAACCGGGAGUUCAGACUCUGUUGAAGUGUUGAACUCCCUCUUCCAAACUCUUCAUUCCUCCUGUUUCCUGUCACCUUCUGUUUUGAAGAAGUCCUUCGUCUUCUUCUUCAGCUACAGUUGUCCUCUGUGAUUCUUGAGACCAUAUUGCCUCUUCUAUCAUGUGAGGAUCCGUUAGUGCAGCAGGGAUGUGACUCUUUGUGGUGUCGAAGUUUACUCACACGGGAAAAGAUUUAGGAAUUGAUCUGUGAAAAUCACCCGUCAAUUCAUUUUUUUGGAGUGCUACCUGAGUCACCAUGUUGUGGCUAAAAGAAGUCUGACAAAAGGUUUCAAUGAACCAGUGUCCUAACAAACACACGGCACAUAGAAAGCAGAAAAUCAUGCUGAAAAUUAGAUUAGUUUUGCCUCAACACAAAUAUUAAAAAGGAUGGACGAGACUAGAAAGGUUUUUCAUUGGAGCGGCACGCUGCCGUCUCUAUAAUAUACUCCAGGAGUUCAAUGAGAAUCCUAACGUCAAACUGAAAUUUAAAUUAUUACCUAAAAACUAUUUUGUAAAGAAAUAUUAACAAAGAUGUUACUGCAGUUGUUUUUUCCAUUAAGAGAGGAUAAACCCGUUUUUGGAGUUAAUGUGAAAUCAGACCCUCGGCCUCCGGCCUCUGGGGGGACGUCUGCGUCUGAGGGAAGAGUUGCUCGGAGACGUAGCGAUGGUUAUGUACAGGUUAAAACAUCUGUCCCUUUAAACACUGCUGUUAGGUGUGUUUGGCUCAGAAAGUGAAAGCUAGGACAGCUUGAAGGUUAGCGUGCUAACAUUAGCAGUGAUCCCUUGUUGCCUUUUUUUUGUGACAUUAAACACCUGCCGAGUUAAAUUUUACCUGUUUUGCUCAUGCAUCACUAUAUAAUGAUUAGAGAUGUCACAAUACAGUUAUUUCUUUCCCGAUGCCAAUACCAAGUACCGAUCCGACACCAGCGAGGUAAAAACACAUGUUACGUGUUAUUGGUGGGAUCUUUCCAGUGUGAAAUAUUGCUGACAUUUUGCUAGUGCUGGCUAACCGCUAGCACAUGCUCGAUUGUUACAAAUCAGCAGCAAAUCGUUUUUUCAGGGGCUAACGAGUGAGACAUCUGGAGUCUUUGCACAUGUGCAGUAGCGAUCAGGCAGGAUGUACGGAUCCAGGUAGCAAAUGACACGUGUUCCUGUUCCUGUGUAGUGUAAAUGAUAUGAUAACGUGAUACCAGAUCGGUGCACAGACUUUCACACUCACCGAUCGGAUUCGGAACAAAUCUAUAAAUGU